ACAAGACUAACACAGCUACGCUGGCUGACGUCACAAGAAAACCCUCACAAGACGUCUGGGAGGACCUGCUGGCAUACAAUUUGAAGCAAGGUGGGGGCAGGCAGCACAGAGAGAAUGUCUCAAGUUACUGGAUCAACCAAAACGUGCCAUCAUUCCCUACAUGUUUUGCUGUUUGACUGUUUCAUUUAAACAGCAGGAGGACAUGGAAUUUUAAAAAAAGACAUUUUUUUUUGUCAACAGGACUUAACUGGACAAGGGGGCGGCGACUGGAAAUCAAAAGUAAGUUGUUUUCAUGUGAUUAGAGCUGCAGUGUGGAUGUGUCUGCUGUUUCCUGGCUCUGUGUUUUCACGUGACCGCUCAGAGGCUGCGGUACCGAACAAGGCAACAAGGAAACACCAGUCUGGAGCUCAACGUCUGCCAAAUUACUCUCAUACACACUGGACUGGACGCCUGACAAUCAUCCGAGCAAUGUUUUCAAUCGGGGAGAAGAUGGAGUUUCUGAUAGGAAACCCAUUUUCAACGCCCGUCGGUCAAAGAGUCGAGCGAGCAACCAUCGGCUCUCUGCAGUCAGAGGACUGGGGUCUCAACAUAGAGAUAUGUGACAUCAUCAAUGAGACUGAUGAGGGUCCCAGAGAUGCAGUCAAAGCUAUUAAGAAGAGGAUCAUAGGAAACAAGAACUUCAGAGAGAUCAUGUUGGCCCUUACUGUUCUUGAGGCUUGUGUGAAGAACUGUGGCCACCGCUUCCACAUCCUGGUGGGAUCGCAGGAGUUUGUUGAAGGGGUUUUGGUUCGUUGCAUUCUGCCCAAAUAUAACCCACCCACUACCCUCCAUGACAGGGUACUCAGUCUCAUACAGUCGUGGGCUGAUGCAUUUCGUAGCUCCCCCUCCUUGGCAGGGGUUGUGUAUGUAUAUGACGACCUGAGGAGACGAGGUCUGGAGUUCCCCAUGACAGACCUGGAUGCUCUGUCCCCGAUACACACUCCAAACAGGAGUAUCCCAGAAAAUGGGACUCCUGAGAUGGCCGCUGUUGCUCCUGCCACACAUCCGCCACAACCACAAGUUCCACCAGAGGCAACCACUCUGAAUACUUCACCUCCAGUUCAGCCCAAUGAGAGACCAGAGUCGCUCUCUGCAGAACAGGAACAGAAGCUGCGGAGUGAGCUGGCACUGGUGAAGGGGAAUCUCACAGUGAUGUCUGAAAUGCUGAAUGAGCUUGUACCUGGACAGAGCCAGCCUGAUGAUACAGAGCUGCUACAACAGCUGUACACAGUGUGUAAGUGCAUGCAGACUCGGGUGGUGGAGCUCAUCCCCCAGCUGCUGGAUGAAGGAUUUAUUGAAGAGAUGCUUGUUGUCAACGAUGACCUCAACAACGCCUUCAUCCGCUAUGAGAGGUUUGACAGACUUAACAAGGCACAAAUUACUCAAAGUACUCAGCAGCAGAGCUCUACCAGCAGUCCGAGCGUCAUCAAAGUCAGCACCGAACUCCCCACUCUUGGCCAACCUGCUGUCAUCACAACAACCAACCAACCAGCCGUCAGCACCUGGGCCAAUCAAAGGCAACUGGCCAACCACAAAGAGGAGGAGGAGUUUGACAUGUUUGCCCAAACCAGAGGUAGCUCCCUGGCUGAGCAGAGGAAAAGUGUCAGAUAUGAGGAUCCUGGAGCUGUGGAGGGCCUUGCUGGAGCUCUGGACACAAGGUUGCAGGUCACAGGAGGAAUGCCACCGACGAAAAACUUUUUGCACAACGAUAUUGACAAAUGGUUAUCCUGUGAUAUGGAAGAGCAGUCCUCAGUUUGUGAGGGAGUGUCCAGUGAAGAAUUUGACAAGUUUCUGGAGGAUCGUGCAAGGGCAGGAGACCACAGCAGCCAGGGGAUUCGCAGUGUGCCGUCCUCUGCGUCCAGACCACAGCCUCAGUCUACCCGGCAGCAGGAUAGAUCACAUGACCAGCUUUUUUCACUCUGAAUGGAAUGGGUUGAUGUUAAGGUCAUCAUACAGAACAUGCUGUGCCAAGUCAGGUUUUGGCUGAAAGUACACACACACUAACACACUCACACACACACACACACAAUAAAACCUGACACUACAAAGAAACUUGUGCCUAAUCAACUCUUUACAUAAAUGCAGUAUUUCUGAGCUGUGUGUACCUUUAUGUAAGUAUUGACAACUUAAUGUGGAUAUAUUUAUAAAAUGUAUUACUAUAAUGUCGAUGUAAACAAGGACAAGUGUUUACAGGUAGGCAUACUGUUGAACAUAUAUUUGCUAUUAUUCCAUUGCGUGCCUUUGACGCAGACAGCUUUUUUUGUGUAGACGAGAAUAAGUGGGGCAUUGUCCUGCAAAACGUGUAUCAUCUGUCCUCUUUUUAAGCUAUAUUUUCUUAGCUGCCAUGAAGUGAAUUUUCCCUGAAGCUUGUCUUCGUGCUGAUCUCAGUGCAGUCUUUGUGUAAGAAAGCUCUUAUUUGUUAUUUCUGAAGACCUUGUGUCUGAGGCUGCUGACACAGCUCCACCAAGUCGAGGUCAAAUGGAAUGUUCUUUUUUCACGCUUGUUGUUCAAUAUGUAGAGCUUUUUUCUGUUGUAAUUCUGGAAAACAACACAUUACAUAAAACCAAAUUGAAGCAGA